CAUUCGUGUUUCUCCGAGAAGAAUGGCACGCCCAGGCAGCCAACCGUCUGCGGACCCUCAAGGGCGGAACUGCGCCUACAGCACAGUGUUUUCAAUAACCCAGACCAUGCUCUGGUAGGGCUAGAGCAUUUUUCGCAUAUUUGGUAGGUCACGUAGGCUGGUAUAUUUUUUUUAAGAUGCUCCAACUUUGUUUGUAUAGCCUCACACUUCUGCAACCCUGGAACCCCUCAGAAUUGUUCAAAUUAAAAAUUACACCAUUCUCCCCUUUGAAAAUAAUGCAAAUUAAAUGUACAGACACGAUUGAUACUUUUGUUUCUGUGAACCUUUUAGUUCUCGUAAUCCGAAUAACCCAGAACCAAAAGUCCUGAAACUUUAGGUGGAAAAAGCGGCCACAAUGAAUACUUUCGGUUCCGGGAACGUGUUAGUCCCCGCGCAACUUUAUUUAUUUUUUGUUAUUUAAGUGUAAAAAGAAGUUAAAUUAUGCGUACUAAAAUGCUAUUAAAAAGACUGAUUUUGGUCCUGCCACAACACAACAUGCAGUGGGAGGAUUUCUUUGUGUGCCUGGGAGGUGAGUCUCUUCACAGUAAGACUACAGAUAACUACAUUGCAUUCUUCUGAAUGAAAGACCAUUGGUCACUAAAGCCAUAUGGUACUGAGCAGCCAGGACAGAGAUGAUAAACCUUCCCCCACUUUUGUCAUCUCUGGCAUCUUUUUAUCUUUUUAUGAGGCCAUUACAUGAAAAACCACUGGUGGAGUAAAUCGUUUGAAUGCUAACUGAGCUGGAGUCUCGUGAGAUUUGCUUCUUUCCACUCCAGGGUUAUCUUUCUCUUCCACAAAAACGGCCACUUGAGCCACAAAGCCAAAGUGAAGCCCCCGAGGCUGAACGGCGAGAAGGUUGGCCUGUACGCGACUCGCAGUCCGCACCGGCCCAACGCUUUGGGCCUGACUCUUGCAAAGCUGGACAAAAUUGUGAUACAAUACAUCUGUCAGACAUUGACAUGAUUGCAGGCACCCCUGUGCUGGAUAUUAAACCCUACAUCCCCGACUAUGACUCCCCCUGCAGUAGGAAGACCAUAGGUUUGGAGCCUUGUCAAUCAAACGCAGAUCCUGCCGCUUUGUUACCUAGUGAACCAGUAAAACCGCAGUUGAAUGAAAAAGGAGAAUGUCAAUUUGAUUAUAGUUCAAACCCUUUGAACCCUCUCGCUGUGCUCGAGGAAGUGAAGGGCUACGUGAGCAAAAGUGACCUCAGUCAGCUAAAUUACGACCGCGAGCAGGACUCCGCAGACCUUCAGGUGUCAGAGCGGGACCGGGGGCCGUGUUACACCGAGGAGGCCUACAGCACAAUCGCUGGCUGGAUCAGAGAGCCGCCAGUCGCCAGCCUGGAAGUGCGGUUCACCCCUCAUGCACAGACGGAGUUGGCGGAAUUCCUUCCCACCAGCCAGCCAGGUCCCUCUGAUAGCGAUCGUCCCAGGUUCAGGUUUCUGCGCAGUUCAGACGAGGCCGCCGCCGCCAUCCGAGGGGUGCUGUCGGCGGACCCGAGGUCGGUCUACAGGAGGACUCGAUGCAAAGACAAGCUCUUCUUCUUCACCCUGGACACUGCUGACGUAACCUGCUGGUUCGGAUCAGGCUUCGCCGAGAAAUCUACUUUGUGUAUGAUAGAAGUUCUACAACUGUAUAUGGAAUAUCCAUCCAUCCAUCCAUUUUCUGAGCCGCUUCUCCUCACUAGAGUCGCGGGCGUGCUGGAGCCUAUCCCAGCUGUCAUCGGGCAGGAGGCGGGGUACACCCUGAACUGGUUGCCAGCCAAUCGCAGGGCACAUAGAAACAAACAACCAUUCGCACUCACAGUCAUGCCUACGGGCAAUUUAGAGUCACCAAUUAAUAUGUUUUCAAAUUGUUAUACUGUAUCUCAUGACCUCUUACUGUGGAAGCAGUACUGAGUCCUUUAUUCAUUAAAAAAUGAAUAAAAAUAAAAGAUUAUAUGAUGA